CUUAAAUAAUGUCUUUUCCCAGAAACCAACAGAAAACCUAGCACUCUCAUUGUUCAAACUAAUCGUCCAUGGCUGUUUCAGAGGAAGAGUGUUCCUCCGCCAAGUCCCGGUCGUCUUCACCCGCAUCUAGUAGCAGCACUCACUACCUCGCAAAGUGCGUCCUCAAAGGAAGUGUGGUCCUCCAAGUCCUCUACGGUCAUAUCCGCUCCCCAACCUACCUCGACGUCGUUUUCGGCAAGGAGACAUCAAUAGAGUUGGUAAUAAUUGGUGAAGAUGGAAUUGUACAAUCUGUAUGUGAGCAGCCUGUAUUUGGCACAAUUAAAGAUAUUGCCAUCCUACCCUGGAAUGAGAAGUUCCAUGUACGAAACCCACAGAUGAUAGGUAAAGACCUAUUGGUUGUUAUUUCUGAUUCGGGGAAGCUCUCAUUUCUCACAUUCUGCAAUGAGAUGCACAGGUUUUUCCCGCUAACACAUGUUCAACUUUCCAAUCCUGGAAACUCAAGGCAUCAGCUUGGAAGAAUGCUGGCUGUUAAUACCAGUGGCUGUUUCAUUGCUGCUAGUGCUUAUGAAGAUCGCUUGGCUCUGUUUUCCAUUUCGAUGUCAAAUGGGAGUGAUAUCAUUGAUGAGAGAAUAAUUUACCCUCCUGAACAUGAAGGAGAUGGAAGUAUUGGCAGAAGCAUCCAGAAAAACUCUAUACGUGGUACCAUAUGGAGCAUGUGCUUUAUUUCACAAGAUCCUAAUCAACCGAGUAAGGAGCAUAAUCCUGUGCUUGCCAUUCUUCUAAAUAGGCGGGGAGAAGUCAUGAAUGAACUGCUGUUAUUGGGAUGGAAUAUGAGAGAAUGUUCUGUAUUUGUUAUCUCUCAUUGUCGUGAAGCUGGACCCUUGGCGCAUAAUAUUGUUGAAGUUCCAUACAGUUAUGGAUUUGCCUUUCUGUUCAGGGUUGGUGAUGCUCUCUUAAUGGAUCUUAGAGAUGCUCAGAAUCCCUGUUGUGUUUAUCGAACGAGCUUAAAUUUUUUACCUAAUUCAGUGUAUGAGCCUAAUUUGGCUGAAGAAUCAUGUAGAGUACAUGAUGUUGACGAUGAAGGUUUAUUCAAUGUUGCUGCAUCUUUGCUAGAGCUGAAGGACUGCGAUCCUAUGUGUAUAGAUGGUGACAAUGGCAAUGUUAGUUCAGCUAACAAACACGUUUGCUCCUGGAGUUGGGAACCAGAAAUUCAUAAAAUCCCAAGAUUGAUUUUCUGUGUAGACACGGGAGAAUUUUUCAUGAUUGAAUUUUUUUUUGAUUCUGAUGGCCCUAGAGUUAAUCUAUCAGAAUGUCUUUAUAAAGGUCUUGCGUGCAAGGCACUUUUGUGGGUUCAAGGUGGAUACCUGGCUGCACUUGUGGAGAUGGGGGAUGGGAUGGUCCUCGCCCUGGAGAAUGGAGGACUGCAUUACACAAGUCCUAUACAAAACAUUGCACCUAUAUUGGAUAUGUCAGUUGUGGAUUACCAUGACGAGAAACAUGAUCAAAUGUUUGCCAGCUGUGGAGUUGCACCAGAAGGGUCAUUAAGGAUUAUUCGUAGUGGUAUCAGUGUAGAAAAACUGUUGAAGACUGCUCCUAUUUAUCAAGGUAUAACUGGUACGUGGACAGUUCGAAUGAACGUUACUGAUUCUUAUCAUGCCUUUCUUGUGCUAUCAUUUGUUGAAGAGACCCGAGUUCUAUCGGUUGGCUUAAGUUUUACCGAUGUGACUGAUUCAGUUGGUUUCCAGCCCGAUGUCUGUACUUUGGCAUGUGGCCUUGUAAGCAAUGGUUUGCUUGUCCAGAUUCACCAAAAUGCUGUUAGGCUUUGUUUACCCACCAAGGUUGCUCAUUCUGAGGGUGUUCCUUUGUCCUCUCCAGUUUGCACAUCUUGGUUCCCAGACAAUUUAAGUAUUAGCUUGGGGGCAGUUGGGCAUAACAUGAUAGUCGUUUCCACCUCUAAUCCAUGUUUUUUAUGCAUACUUGGGAUCAGGUUGCUAUCAGCUUACCAUUACGAAAUAUAUGAAAUGCAACAUCUGAGAUUGCAAAAUGAGUUAUCAUGCAUUUCCAUACCUCAAAAGCAUUUUGAGAAAAAACAAUCAAGUUCUUCUGUCAAUUGGGUUAAGAGCCGUGUGGAUGCUUUUCCAGUUGGAGUUGACAUCAGUAGAACUUUUGCUGUUGGGACGCACAGGCCUUCACUGGAAAUUUUGUCCUUUUUACCAGAUCAAGGCCUAAGAGUGCUUGCUUCAGGGAUGAUUUCAUUAUCAAAUACCAUGGGAACUGCUAUAGGUGGCUGCAUUCCUCAAGAUGUAAGGCUUGUAUUGGUCGAUAGGCUUUAUAUAGUGUCUGGUUUGAGGAAUGGAAUGCUGCUUCGGUUUGAGUGGCCUGAUGCCUCCAAAAUGACCUCAUCAGAAUUACCUAUAUACCAACCUAUCAGCGACUCUUUAGUAAAUACAGAUGCUGCUUUGUCAAGUAAAAUAGUACCAACUUCUUUUAGCCCACAGCUGGGUGAAGCUAACCUUUUUGAGAAGACAGAUGACUAUCCUGUCAAUCUUCAGUUGAUUGCCAUUCGUCGCAUUGGCAUUACUCCUGUAUUCCUGGUUCCCAUGAGUGAUUCACUUGAUGCUGAUUUAAUUGCUCUCAGUGACAGACCGUGGUUGUUGCAUACUGCAAGGCAUGGCCUCUCUUAUACGUCUAUCUCAUUUCAACCUUCAACACAUGUGACCCCUGUUUGUUCUGUUGAAUGUCCUAAAGGAAUCUUAUUUGUUGCUGAGAACAGUCUACAUUUGGUUGAGAUGGUGCACAGUAAGAGGCUUAAUGUGCAGAAAUUUCAUAUCGGAGGCACUCCACGGAAGGUCCUAUAUCAUAGUGAAAGCAGGCUAUUGCUUGUAAUGAGAACCGAAUUGAGCAAUGAUACAUGUUCAUCCGACAUUUGUUGUGUGGAUCCCCUUAGUGGGGUGGUCCUAUCAUCUUUUAAACUUGAACUUGGAGAAACAGCAAAAUCCAUGGAGUUAGUGAGGGUUGGAAUUGAACAGGUCCUGGUGGUUGGGACUAGUCUAUCUUCUGGUCCAGCCAUAAUGCCCAGUGGUGAAGCUGUGAGUACCAAAGGCCGUCUUAUUGUCCUCUGCCUUGAACAUGUGCAAAAUUCAGAUACUGGUUCAAUAACAUUCUGCUCAAAGGCAGGAUCCGCUUCUCAACGAACUUCGCCAUUUCGCGAAAUUGUUGGAUAUGCCACCGAACAGCUAUCAAGCAGUAGUCUCUGCAGCAGCCCAGAUGAUACUAGCUGUGAUGGAGUCAAACUUGAAGAGACUGAGGCAUGGCAAUUGCGAUUAGCUUAUUCAACUACCUGGCCUGGAAUGGUCCUUGCAAUAUGUUCUUAUCUUGAUCGUUACUUCUUGGCAUCUGCUGGUAAUAGUUUUUAUGUAUGUGGUUUUCCGAGUGACAAUCCUCAGAGGAUGAAAAGGUUUGCUGGAGGAAGGACACGCUUUAUGAUAACAACUUUGACUUCAUAUUUUACUAGAAUAUCUGUUGGUGAUUGCCGUGAUGGUGUUCUUUUCUAUUCUUACCAUGAGGAUUCCAAAAAACUGGAGCAACUGUACUGUGAUCCAUCACAGAGGUUAGUUGCUGAUUGUAUUCUUAUGGAUGUUGACACAGCUGUUGUUUCAGAUCGGAAGGGGAGUAUCGCUGUUUUGUCAUGUUCAGAUCAAUUAGAAAAUAAUGCAAGUCCAGAAUGUAACUUGACACUGUGCGCUGCUUAUUAUAUGGGUGAGAUAGCCAUGAGCAUCAGGAAGGGAUCAUAUUCAUAUAAGCUUCCAGCUGAUGAUGUGCUGAAUGGUAUUGACUUGUCGCACAACACCAUCAUUGCCAGUACACUAUUAGGAAGCAUAAUAAUCUUUAUUCCUAUAUCCAGGGAAGAACAUGAACUCUUAGAAGCUGUCCAAGCUAGACUUGUGGUUCAUCCAUUGACUGCUCCUGUUCUGGGAAAUGAUCAUAAUGAUUUCCGUAGCCGUGAAAAUCCGGUUGGGGUACCGAAAAUACUUGAUGGCGACAUGCUGACUCAGUUCUUGGAGCUCACAAGCAUCCAGCAAGAGGCUAUAUUGUCGUUGCCUCCUGGUUCAUCAGAAACAGUAAAAUCAAGCUUGAAACCACAUCUACCUUCACCUGUCCCAGUGACUCAGGUGGUGCAACUCCUUGAACGAGUUCAUUAUGCCUUGAAUUGAAAGCAUCUAUUCUUCUCUCCGAAUGUCGAUCUCAUGAGAUGGAUCUGCCAAGUACAGAUCAUUUGCAUACCAAAUGAAUUGCGGUGGUAUCUUCACUUGUUCUCUUUUUGCCUAAGCAAUGAAUUUCCAGCCGUAGGCCCUGAAAACUGUUUCAUACAUAAAAUAUUCCUGUCUGGUAGCGAAAUGCAAAGUCAAUACCCGGAAUCAUAAGUGACUCAAAUUCACAUUUUUUUUUGUCCAUCGAAAUAGUGGACAACAUGUAUAGGAAAUAAUGUGAAAUAUGGGUUAGGUAUCUCUGCUGAUUAAUAGCUUGUUUUGUAUAAUUUUGUAUCUCUUGUGAUCCAUUCUGUAUGGAGAGACGGUCCGAAAAUUUGAUUUGUAUAUUGGAUUAGGAUGCAAAACUAUCGGCCACCUCUUGAGUGGUGCUUUCUUUUGGGCAUCUGGAAAAGUUGCAUCUA